AUGAGCAACAAGGAUUUCUUCACCAGCGUACCGUUCUCUGGUCAACAGGGAAGAGGACAUCCAACAGAUCAAGAGAAUGUCGCUUCAUUUGCUCAUGCUAUCGCAGCACGCUUCGGAUCCGCUGAUCUUCUCACCGCACGUAUUCUCCCCGACGAACACCAAUCACCUCCACAAAAUUUCAUUUUACCACCUAAACCAAUUCUUCCACCCCCCUCGAAACCUGUAUCGUCGUCGUCGUCAUCAUCCACCUUCAUACCAGUUAACCCCUCCGACCUCGCAGCUUACCUCGCAGACCCCUCCAUUCUCAUCCUCGAUAUCCGCCCACAUGCCGCUCAUACCGCCGCCCGUAUUCACCGAGCCCUAUCCCUUAGCAUACCAAGUACUCUCAUCAAGCGCCCUCUCUUUGGUCUCUCCAAACUCAUUCAAAUGCUCCCUUCCUCAUCUGCGCGUGCAAGAUUCGCAGCAUGGCCAACCGCAAACCAUAUAUUGGUAUAUGACGCUGAUUCUGUCCUCGUUCCUGACACCAGUAAUAUUGCUGGUCUGUUCAGAAAAUUUCGCGCAGAGGGUUUUACAGGCGAACUCGCCUGGGUGAAAGGCGGUUUUCAGGCUGUGUGGCGAGAUGCACGUCACUGCGCCACAACCGAUCACCCUAGUCCGGACGAGGACGAUCCAGAAGGCACUCCUUCCUCUGGAGCAUUGCGCACAAAACAUCUCCCCAAAGCCGCCUUUUCGCUUUCAACGACAACAGCUGCAAACGCAGCGUCGGGUACACCGGCAAUCGCAAAUGCUGCUAACCCUUUCUUCGAUACCAUCCGCCAGAACUUGGAACUCAGUCAGGGAAUAACGGAACGUAUCCCCCUCCGUCUUCCCAGGCGUGUGCGGAGACGCAUCAAAGACCUCCCAUUUCGUUGGCUUCAAGAUAUCGCUGGUCGUUCUGCCAUCCGUCCCUCUCACUCUUCUCCAUUUCCAGGGGAAACCAGUGUAGAGAGCGGCAGCGAGAGCUCUGACGAUCCACAUGAAUCUGAUCCAGACUCGAAUGACCCUGACGUCGAGGAAGGCGCUGAGACUCUUGCCAUGCAGUUUUACCGCAUAGAAUUGGCAGAGCAAAGGCGUCUGAGAAGCGUCAUGGAGCACCAUGCACGGGAAAGCGAGACCCUUCCUUCCACCCCCGUGCAAGGUGCAUUUCCAUUUAGUAUUACGGCAGGCGUCGAGAAAGGAGCCAAGAACAGGUACAACCAUAUAUGGCCCUUCGAGCAUGCUCGUGUUCGUCUUCAUGAUGUCCAUACACCACGCGACCCCUCACCCGUAGAUGAUUACGUCAACGCGUCAUAUGUGCAGCCCUUGGGCACGCGUAAACGUUACAUAGCUACGCAAGGCCCGUUACCUGCGACAUUCAUUGAUUUUUGGACUCUCGUCUGGGAACAGAACGUUCAUGUAAUCGUCAUGCUCACGCGCGAGAUUGAGAAUGCCAUGGUCAAAUGUGGGACGUACUGGGUAGAGUCAUCCUAUGGACCUCUUCAGUUACAGCUCCUCGACACCUCCCCGCCCAUCUCACCUUCUAUUUCCUUCAACAGCUCCGCUGACAUUGGGUUCUUCAUGUCCCCGCGCGAGCGUGAUAAGGGCUCGACGCAGCCAACUAUGAUUGUGAGGACCUUUGCGCUCAGCCAUCGCGGUUAUCCAGGCGUUCCGCCUAGAAAAGUGACACAUCUGCAAUAUCUGGAUUGGCCCGACAUGAAUGUACCUGACGAUCCUCGCGGCGUGCUAGAGCUCAUGAAGCGCGUCGAGCGAGCUGUCCAAGAAAGCACUCCAGGUCCAUCCCCUUCUGAUGCAUUUUCUAGGAAGAAGCAUGGACGCAAGGGGUGGCGGCAUCCUGAUCUUGACUCGAAGACUGGCAUUGCUGCGUUUGCGCUUGGGUCCACCCCGCCUGUGCUGUUGCAUUGCUCGGCGGGUGUGGGCAGGACAGGUGGGUUCAUUGCUGUGGAUGCUGUGUUAGAUGCGAUUAAGAGGGAGUUGAAGCAGAGGAGGGAACUCAGGGCUCGAGCUCAGGCUCGUGUCGGUGGGAUAGAUGUGGUUGCGAAUCAGGUGAAAGAGAAGGAGAUGUCGAAGGAGAAGAUUAUCGGGACUGUCCCUCUCGUCAUGGGCGACCGCAAGAAAUCUCGUCGUCAUUACCCACACAAAGCUACAGCCAAAGAAGGCGAGACGAGCCCUUCAGAGUCGCUUGUCGUGCACGUGCCUUUUACAGGAGAUACUGCGGAUCUAGAUACGAGAUGGCAGAACACGAGCUCGUCGACGAGGGAAUGGGCUGAGAAAGUGCUGGACCAAACGCACCCUGGCGAAGAAGAACAGGAGACCGACGGGCGGUCCGGCUCCGGCUCUGGAAGCAGUGGUAGUAGCAGCAUCUCGGGAAGUGGUAGCGGUGGGCCCUUCCCACCCUCCUCCUGUGUCUCCAUCUCUCACUCCAGUUCUCAAUCCAAUUCAGUUCCUGACUCGAUCUCCGCCUCCAACUCAGGCUCUGGGGCGAACACAUCCAACUCUGGCUUUUGGGGUAGCACUGGCGCAGAUUCAGGGUUAGUGGGCCUCAUGCGCGCUCGUCUGAGAGACAGCUCAGUGACCUCGCUUUCGAAUUUGAGUUCUGAUUUUUCGAGCGAAAAACUUUCAAGAUCACUGGCCCAGCCUGGUGGUGUUGUUUCGAACGAGUCCGAUGCCCCCCAGGCCGACAAUUCCAAUUUACGUCCCUGGGUACGACAGAUCAUCGGUUCGUCUCCUAUGGCGAGUUGCUCCACUUCCGCACUUCCUACGACGAGUGAGAUUGGUAGUGGUUGCGCCGUGAUCGACUAUAAGCUUCCACGACAGCUGCAUCAGGAUUUGUCACCCGCACCAUUAAUGUCCCAUACCAACCCUAUCUGGACGGUCGUUCAAGAUAUGCGCGAGCAGAGGAUGAGUCUUUGCCAGAGCUUGCGACAGUAUGUGUUCGUGCAUGCAGCGGUUAUCGAGGGUGCCCUUAUGAUUAUGGACGAGGAGAGAGGGUUGCGCACUCAAGGUUCCCGGACGCGCUCGUUCCCUGUGGUGGACAUUCCGAGCUCGGCUAGUGGCAGCCAGAUGCACCACACGUCCUCGUCGCCGUCGAAGUGGAAACGUGGCCCCAGCCCCACCGAAUUGCUUAGGGAAGAUAAAUCUGGUACCAUAUCCUUCGCGAAGCGCCCCAGUAUCAAACCCAGGACAUUUAGCGAUGAAAAAGUCCUUACCGGUUUCGAGUUAGCCGCUGGCGCUCCACAAGUUUUGCCAGGUGGAACUGGUGGAGUGUCGAAAGUUGAAAGUGGGAGCACAGGUAUGGGACAUAUGACACCAGAGUGGAGUGGACCAUCUGCCACCGCGAGGUAA